AUGACGACUACUGCUGAUGAAAGGAACAAAAAAUUCACAGAUUUUUUUCUUCUUUUUUUCUUUAUCUUUCCUUUUCUUUCUCACGUUUUCUUUCUUUUUCUUUCCCUUUCUCUUCUUCACUUUUCUAUCUUUUGUUUUCUUCCUAUUUCUUUCUUUCUUUUCUUAUUUAUUAAAUUUCUUUUCUCGCCAUUUACACUUGUUUCUGCCUCGAGCCACACUCAUCUACAAUGGCGUUCAAGUUGUCGUCUGUUUCAAAACGACACGUCCUGUUCUUUUUCGAUUCCUGCGCCAUUUUACAAAAUGACUUCCCCACUGACACGGCCAGUCUCACUCGUAUCCGUGUUUUCCAAUUUCUCCUCUCUUUCUUACUACUUCUUACUCUGCUGCCCCCAUUUCUUUCGUACCAUUUUGCCUUCUUUUUCAUCUGAUCCCAAAUCAUGCCAGCGUUCCUUUAUAAUUAUUCGAAUCUCUUCUUCCGCACCCAACUUCUUUCCAUUCACCUGCUCUCUUCUUCAUCCCUCCCUUGUUCAAGUCUCUUUGUUUAAGACAAACAAAUUCUCUCCCUUCAUUUCCCUCUACCUUAUCUUUACCUUCUUUGACUCCAUUCCACGCGUGGCAGUCUAUUUUUAA